CUGACAACAGGACAUUGUGUACAAGUUUACGAUCAUUGUAGCUCUUCGAUAAAGGCAAAAAACCGCAGGAGAAAGCACGCUGCGCAGCGAUAUCACUGCCAAAAGCGCCUGCCGCGAAGAGUUGCAACACGAUGCACCGCGUCACGUCCGCCACGAGCGUCUUGUCGCUAGACGACCUCGACGACGACGCCGCGAAGGCGCCGCGCUUCACGCGGCGCAACUACUCGCCCGCGGCCAUCAUCGACGGCGCCACGUUGAGGCAUCGCAGGGGCGCCGGCGCGCCGGCGCUGUGUGAAAUAGUGCUCGGCGAGGCCAGAUGCGAAUUAGUAGGAGACCCGGACGCCUGCGAGAUCGAGUUGGUGGACGUCGGUUUUCGUUUGGGCGUCGGCGCGGUGCGCGACCGGGGCAUCUGCGCCGCUCUUAGAGGAGGCGGCCUGCCGCACUGUUUUGAGGACGGGUGUCUGUUAAACGAGGGCGGGUCGUGGGUCGCCGCCGGGAAAGUAUUAGCGUCGACCGAAGAAGGCUACGAAACAUUCCGGGAUGGUGAUAUUUUGAGAUUGACGUGCGAUCGGAAGGGCGCCUUCGCCGUGGAAAGGAUACGUGCGAAACGCGUGACUUUUUUAGGAGCGAUCUCGAUGCCAGGGGCAGGUAGGUUGCGGCCCUUCGUCUUACUGAAAGGGCUCGAGACGGCCUGCGUGCGGCUGGUGGCUCCUCAGAAGCCGUGGCGCCUGCACGACCGGCGCCGGACGUAUCCCGACGAAUACGAGGCGGCCGCAUCUUUGGUGGAUGCGGCCUGCCCGGCGCUGCCCGGCGACGCGCUCGAGGUCGUCAUGGCCUACUGCCGCUGGUCGGACUUCUUCGCCCACGACUAGGUGACGUCGCCGCGACGGCGUGCCGGUGGACGCCCCCCGCCGCGGUCGACGCCAUCAAACUGCCAAACUUAGGCCUACUUUACUAACAUAACUGUGAGCUUA